UGAUGUUGGGGUGAGAGUUGAGGGGACUUUGCCACAGCGGCCGGUUCUUGGUCGUCAGUGGGAGUGAGGAAGGGAGGAAGGGUAUACUACUUGAUGUCGCGCUGGGAAGCCGAUGAAGAAAGGCCGUACUUUCACAUGUAAACGUAUUUUGCCGGAGAACGUCGUCUGCUGAUAAUAGAGGUGCAGACCGAAAAAAGGCCGUUCAUCGCUGUUGUCAAGGAGAAAUGCCACACACUCAUGGAAAAACGCCACUGUAACAAAAGCUGAGGAUAUGUUUUAUUCCUUUUGCUGCAAAUCAAAAGAAGUCUUCACACGGAUAUUCUGCAGACCAAAAAUGUUUUGAAAUUAGGUCGUCUGCCAUCGGGCAAAAGAAUAGCCAGCCAGCAAAAUACACGCGGACAAGUCUGGGUCGUUAAUACCCUAUAUUUCCUAGUUGGAUAAUUCGCGAGGGAAUACCUAUACCACAUUGGUGAAUGCUCACGAGCAUCAUACAGAACCGAAGCGGAGAAUCGGUAGGGUUCGCUUCGACUGGAAAAUUGGCAACUUUCGGAAUUUUAGUGGCUUUCGCUUGUGCCUAGGUACCUCAAAUCAUUCACUGGAAUUGAUGAGUUUGGUCAAGAGUAAAUAAAGACGACUGGUCUUGGACGAUCGAUGGAGCACAACAAUUGACUGCACUGUGGUUGUGAUUUCUGAACCUUAACGAAGAUGAUUCAUGCAGUACUUUAAUUAGCUCGUUACAACUCAUUAGGGACUAAUACAAAAAGAAUGGCGUGAUCUGUGAUGGCCUGUUGUAUAGAAAGUGUAUGUUCGAGACUUCAAUGCAUAGCAACAAUCCCAGUACCAUGCAUGAGGUAAUGAAAGUACUUUGCAUUCAGUGCUAGAUCAUUACAGAAAGGAGAAGAACGGAUAUAAACCAUUUUAUAAACUUUUGUCUGAAGAAAUCGGGAUGAUAAAUAUUAGGAAGCGGAAGUGAGAUGUCAAGUACACAGGACAGACCAACAUGCUUUCAUGAAGUAGGUCUAUAUUUCUAAGGAGGGACUAAAAUCAUUCUAUUUGUUUUGUGGAUAUUUGAUCGCAUGGCCGAAGGAAGGAUUAGAUAUACACCCGAGACCAAUUAGAUUGAUAGGGCAUCAAAAAUUGGGCUAAGAAUGACCAAUAGACAUUAGAAGGGAUAAAUUUUGGGUUUACCUAAUUGACCAGUAAAGCAAAGAUAUGUUAAGUUAGAGACCCUGUGUAAAUAAGUGACCUAAUAUUACUCUUGGUGUUGUAUCGUUUUUCAAACAUUGACAUACACAAAUCAAUGGUUUUUCCCGUGGUUUGUAGCAUUUUGUUUAAAGAUUGUGUCACUUUUCUCUAACCAUUGGAUUGAUUAUACGGUCGUUCAAUAUUUGUGUGAAAAAUUCUAAGGGUCGCUAUGGCUGCGCAGAAGCGCGAACGCUCCAAGCGGGAGCCGUCGUACGGAGAGACGCUGAGUCGGGAGAGCGCUAGAGGCGGAGGGGACGGAACGCUGAGACUUAGGAAGCCACCGGAACAGCGCGUCGAGGAUGAUUACGGGAAUACUUAUAGAAAACCACGGCCUGAACGGCCAGCACUGGACAGUGUCAAUACAACAAAACACGGAAAGGAUUAUAUUGUUGAACAUACGAAAUUUGAGCCGCGACAGAACUCUAGUCAUGUAAAACCAGCGACGCCAAAGCUAUCACACCGCUCGAGCCUGAGGUAUAAUCUGCGGUAUGAUAACUCAAGUGACAUUUAUACUCAUAUAGAAGAGGAUUUAGAACAAGAUAUAAAACCCGAGGACGAUUUCAAUAGGUCACUUCUCAUUGCCCAGAGCGGGAAGAGUUCUAAACGGAAGACGAAUUCUGUACGGUUCAAGUUGGAUUUGGGCGAUGCUUCGGACGACGGUACGGGUGAAGGCCAAGAUUGGAGGCGUCGGAAACAGUACGCGGAUAGUAUUGUGUCGGAUACUGACCAGUCUUUGACUUCCUGCCGUGGGAUUAUUAGGAAUCUAGGGUGUCUGUCCGACAGGACAGGGUAUCGAAGUCACGGUGGUGACAUGGAAUUCGUUGAAAUGGAGCAUGCUGGGAGUAAAACAUGGCGUCCGAGUACAUCAGAUGCGGAGGGGGUCACUGAUGAGAUCGACGUUAUUGAUAUAUCAAAAAAAUGCGACAGUUACGUCACUGAUGACGUCAUGUAUCCAUCUGCCGAGGAGCGCGCAAAAUUGCAGUCGGCUUCUAAAGCUAGGCGGCGUUUGUUGCAGGAGAAGCGGAGGUCACGUGCAGAACCAGAAGAGACUGGUUUAUCGGGCGAAGAAUCGGAUUGGGUUUUACUGCCGUCUCUGGUGUUUCGUGACGACAGUGAUGCGCCACCUCGAGAAAAGCGAAGUAACUCAGGCAGGCGGCGCAGGCGAAAGCGCCGCUCCGACCGUAGCAUGGAGAAACCAGGGAUUGAAAAGGUCCUAUCAAAUAUGUCAGAGGAAGCGAAAUUGGCCAUCGACGCCAUUUUGGCGGAAAUGGAGCAAGACAAAAGUGGGGAUGUAGCACCGCGCCCCUCACAGCGAUCAGAUCAUGACACAAGAGGAUCACGUUACCGGAAACAUACAAUACUCCGGGAGAAUUCUGGAAAAUUUGCGUCCAUAGAUGACGGAGUAGAUUCAGGUUUCCUGGACACGGACACUAGUAAUAAUCUUAACUCGCGCAGUUCUGGUUCGGAGGAAUAUCAAAAGGUUGGAAUAAGUGAUCGCGUUCUUUCGAAAAGUGGUACUGCGGAGUCUUUGGAGAACACCCAAAGCUCUGAGAAGUAUAGAUCUAAAACCGCGCGUUCCAGGACGCCAACAAAGUUUCCCAUGAUUCACUCGGACUUAGAUUACGCUCUCGAUGAUACGUUUACGGAAUCUUCCAUGCCAUCGAGACAGAACAUACCCGGGUUAGGAACUUAUCGAUUCCCGCGCAUGCGCGAAAAAACUUUCAAAAUCACGCCGCCCGGGUACGACUCGAGGUAUGCCGAUAUGCCUCGAUAUGAGGCGCCACAAGGUGAAGAUCUUGACCCCACAAUUACGGCAAAAGCCAAGGAAAAGUGUAACCAGUGGUUGGACCAACAGUAUCUUCCUUCCCUGUCGUGAUAACAAGAGUAAAAUGCAAACUAACUCUGUGAAUCAGUUGUUGCUAAAAUCUGGACUUCAUGGCUUCUUUUUAAAAAUUCUUCCGAUUACCCAUUUAGCCAUAAUGAUGUAUGUAAUGGCUACAUGUAUUUGAUGACUGUAUUGUGCCUAAAACUGCCAUAUUUUAGGCGAACACCUCCAAAAAUAUAAAGCUCCACAAUAGCGAAUGCAUUCAUUAUUUACAGUCGUUAAUUACCUAGAUAACAGUUUCUAAUAAGACAAACCAAACGUCACAUUCGCCCUGGAAGUCCCUGGUCAUUAAAACGGUGUUUCAUCUGAAACACCUACUAACGGCUGCUUUGAGCCUGGAUGCCAUUUCGCGACCUGAUUAUGCAUGUACGGACACCGAAUUCUCCAGACACACACGUCGGCAAUGCAUUUUUAAAACACUUGACUGUGAUAUUAGGGUAGCAGACAAUGUGCACAUAUAUAUAUAUAUGUGCUCUCACUUACGGUCAUGUGACUUCCUCGGGUCGGCCCCAAUAGCUUUUGAGGGUCGAGCCUCCACAUGAGCAUUUCACUAUCACUUCGCGUAUUAAACUUAAAUCAAUUAUUCAUGGACAACGUGGCGUAAAAUAACAAGGCCUUGUUUAUAUUUCAUAAAUAGAUUAGUUUAUUUGUGAAAUGAUAAUCGAUUUUAAAAUGGGAAGAUGGUGAAUUAUACUGAUGUGUGGUAAAGUGUUCUUCAUGUCGUUCUGACAAAGGUUGUACUAAGUAAAUUUCAGGAAUGUGACCAGAUCACAUUAUUUACCAAAAUAUAGUGGUGUUGCACAAACCUAGAUUAUCCUCAGGGGAGGCCUGACCAAUGCUCUUGUCCAGUGGUUAAUGUGAAUCAGCUGAACAAAUCGACUAUGUUAAAUGGCUAGAAUCUACCGUGGUUGGCAACAUGUACUACAGCAGAUACGCAGUUACGCUGUCAUAAGUAUUAAGUCCUAUCGGAAAGGACAUCAGCACACUUUCUACUCUCCAUUGAUUUCAUGAUGAAUGAAUAAAAAUGACAGUA